AUGGCUCCCGGUUGCAGCAGGUCCUGGGAGCUCUUUGCAGGACUAGCUACGCUAUUUCUCGGGGUUGGAGCUCAGUUGAGUGCAAGCGACGGGCUAUGUCAAAGAUUCGGACAUCAAAGCGCAUUGGUUAAGAGUAAGCUCGUUCUUGCUGGCGGUUUUCGAGUGGUUCGAGAUCCUCGCACUGGAGAGGUUACAGAACAACCAACAAACGAUUUUCAGUCGCUCGAUCUCGGACCCAAUGGAACUUCCUUUCAAUUAGGCCGGGAUAAUUCACAACGGGGGCCGCAAUGGCAAAAUAUAAAUUAUACAGUCAAUGGAGCCGCCGGUCUUCCAAAGGUGGUCAACGGAGCUAUGUGGAGAGACAAGGAAGACUUAUUUAUCUAUGAAGGGCGGUUACCUGGAUUAGGACCGGAUGCAUCUUCAUCGUUAUGGAAAUACACGGCGAAUACUAGUGUAUGGGGACAAGAGUUGACUUGGACGCACCCUGACUCCAACUUACCAAACCGGGUUUCAAGAGGGGGUUCAGUGUCAGUCGGCGAUUUCGGUAUUGGCGUAUACGUCGGCGGAGCUAGGGUAUUUGUUAACGACUCCGAUACACCGAAGAGUGGGAAUUGGUACUAUCCAAGUGAAGAGCAGCUUACAACGUUCAACCUACGGAACCUGAAUAGAACGACCACGGGCCUACCGGAUUCUCAGAAACGAAUGGGGGCAGCAUUGGCAUACCUCCCCAUUGGAACUGGAGGAGCAAUAAUUAGUAUUGGAGGAACAUUGGAAAACGAUGAAGUCCGGGAAACUGGGAACGUCGAUAAUAUCGCGCGAGAAAGCUUCGAUCCAGAUGAUAUCAGCUUUACCCCGAUGCAAAGAGUUUGGAUCAUGGAUCUUGAUACUAGAAAAUGGUAUUCUCAAGCGACAUUCGGAACAUAUAUCCCAGACUCUCGAAUGGAACACUGUAUUGCUGUUGCAUCAGCGCCCGACUUUUCAUCCCACAAUAUUUAUAUGUUCGGUGGAAGCACGGCCACUUCUCUUCUUAACCGCACCGGCGAGAGAUACUUCGAUGAACUUUACAUUUUAUCAAUCCCGAGUUUCAGAUGGAUUCGACGAACAUUUGACGCUUCCGAUAAUGUGCCUGUUGGAAGGGUUCAACAUACUUGCCACGUAUAUGGUAAAAAUUUGGUUAUUCUAGGCGGCGCUACGCAGAAUAAUACCACGGAUUGCACAUGGGAUGAAGUCAACAUCUUGGAUAUGUCGAGCCUAAGGUGGGUAACGGAUUAUCAGUACUCUGCCGAAAAGUUCUCAGUACCAGAUAUUGUUACGGGUAGUAUUUCGAAUAAUGGAAAGGUUCAAACGGACCCUGUCAAUGGAUGGGAUGACCAUGAUUUAGAGGCCCUUUUUAAGGUUAAUAGCAGUGGUAAUACAAUGGUCAGGAUUGCAGCGGUUGCAGGUGGAGUUGCAGGUGGAAUAAUUCUAUCGUUUAUUCUGGUCGCUGGUUUCUUUCAUUAUAAAAAAAAGCGCGAGGACAAAAGGGAGCACCAAGCGCUAAAGUCCCAGCUUGCCUAUGAACCCUCAAGGGCCGACCGGGAGUCUAGGUACGAGCAUGAUCCCAAUAGGGACUUUGGCGCCAUGGAGCUUCAUUCGACGUCGCCGUCAAGUAUAACGUCAACUUUUGACGAGACCUCUGGAUAUGCUCACCCAGGGAAACUGUGGAGAGCUAGCUACCACAGUUACGAAGUCUCGGAAGCCGAUGCCGACUAUCCAGAUACCGACAAUGACCGAACACGGCUGAUCCUGGAUACAAAGGUUCCCACAGGGUAUUUCGAGCUGGGAAAUCCGAGUACCCCAACAGCAAUGGAAAGACACGAGCUAGGAGGCGCAGAUCUUGGUGAGCAGCGCCUUCAAGCUGUUGAUAAUGAUUCACCAUCGCCGAUAAGCUCACGUGGGACUCAAUGGAGAUAA